ACCCGUCGUUACAUCCCGGUGUUUGCCGACGGCAAGAUGGCGGCGGCCUCAAUGUCAGCGGCGCUGAGGCAGGCGUUGUUGGGGACCGGAGCGGCGAGGACCGCGGCCGCGGCGGUUUCCCGAGUUCCGUCCAGGUUGUUGAGCAUAUCCCUAUGGAAGUUGGCACAGGAUCAAACUCGAGACAUGCAACUUAUAACAGUUGAUGAAAAAUUGGAUAUCACGGCAUUAACUGGUGUUCCAAAAGAGCAUAUCACAACUAGAAAGGUCAGGAUAUUUGUUCCUGCUCGAAAUAACAUGCAGUCUGGUGUAAACAACACAAAGAAAUGGAAGAUGGAGUUUGAUACCAGAGAGCGAUGGGAAAAUCCUUUGAUGGGUUGGGCUUCAACGGCUGAUCCUUUGUCCAACAUGGUUCUAACUUUCAGUACUAAAGAAGAUGCGAUUGCCUUCGCAGAAAAAAAUGGAUGGAGCUAUGACGUGGAAGAGAAGAAGGUUCCAAAACCCAAGUCCAAGUCUUAUGGUGCAAACUUUUCUUGGAACAAAAGAACCAGAGUGUCCACAAAAUAGGUUGGCACUGACUAUUAUCUUAGCUUGACUGUGAAUAAAGUCAGCUGUGCAGUAUUUAUAGUUCAUGUAUAAUACAUCUCUUAAUCUCCUAAUAAAUUUGACCUUCAAACCUC